AUUUUUACUUAUUACGAGUAAGAUUUCGUUUUACUAAUUUACACACGUAUUGUUAGGAUUAAGAUUGAGAUUAAGUUUUCAUACUAGUCUUCAAUAUUUUAUUUUAUAUUUUGAUUUUGAUAUGUACUUGUUAUUAACUUGUCUGGAACAGCAAGUUAACACGUGUUGCUGUAGUGGAACCUUCCAUUUUUUAUUAUGAAUCUUUUCCCUAGAAAAGUGCCUGUAGUGUUCCUUAAACACAUUACAUAUUACAAGAUAACCAUGGUCCAAUUAUACACGUUCGAAACGAUCUAAAGGUAGACUAUAUCCAUGAUUCCAAAUAAAAGGGAGAAAGCUGUUAAAGAUAAGGACAGUUUAGUUAACAACCUUUUAAAUUAAAAUACUACAAUGACUACUACUAAUGAUAAUAAUUAUUAGUAGUAGUGUUAGUAGUAGUAUGUGAAGGUGGAGAGUUGGAAAGUGCUAAAUAAGGAAGCUUUUAUAUGUUCACAGUAACCUGUGCAGAGAACUAAGACAUGUAUUUCAGGUAGAACAAGCUGCCAUGAAUUGUUGAAGUGUAGUUUAGUAAGCAGUACAUUUAAACCUGUUCAUCCAAAUUAAAAUAUUAUAAGAAUGACAUUUAUUGCAUUUGCUUAAGGUUUCUGAAAUAUGCAACGCAAAUAACGAGGUUUUCAACAUAAUGCACUUCUACAAAUGUUCUAGCUAAGAUUGUUUACAAGAUUGUUUAAGCAGGGUGCAUUUCCUUAUAUUCAGUGCCAGAUUUUUUUUCUCUAUAUUCACUUGAUCUACAUGACACUCCUGAAGACAGUCAAGUCUUAAGAUAUGGAAACUCCUGAUCCUGUCAACAUUCAGAUUAUAAGGAAGCACUAUGACAAAGCAUUGGAAUGCCUCAAUGCAGGAAUUCUGGAGGACAAUAUGGGAAAUAAAGACAGAGCGAUUGCCCUGUACCGACUAGGAAGACGUCAUCUCCUACAGGGCCUGGAAAUGGCCACAGGCCAAAAUGAUGCUCAACAGGUUCUAGUGAAGAUGAAUAAAAUGCUGAGCAGUGUCACUACUAGACUGGCUGUGCUGGAAUCUGCUUCAGCCACACAGCCCUCUGGUAUCCAAAAUUGCUACCCGAUCCUAAAUCAAUCAGGAGGUAAUGCCAGCUCCCAUACUAACAGAGCAUGUGCUUCAACGCAUGUAGGUAGAGAUCCCUGUCUGCCAAAAUCACCCAGCAUGUCCUCUGAUGUGCCCUUGGAUCGGCCACCAGCCUACACCCCACAACCCACAGACAGGCUUACUUGUACUCUGCAGAGCAAGAGGAGGACCUUUCCUUCACUGCCAACACCGGAUAUGGUUUCCCACCAUCAAGAUGUUCUAUUUUUCUUACCCCAUGGGGUACAGAUAUUCUUUGUUCCACCAAAUGGGCAAGUCAGUGCACCAUCCUAUCCAGGGUACCUGUGCAUCACCCUAAACACCAGCCAGUAUAAUAAUGAUUGCAAUGACACCAGACAUCCUCUAGCUUAUCUGCAGACCUGCCAGUCCUGCUUAGUGACACUGAUGGCUGCAGUGCCUGGCUCAUGUGUUGGUGUUGUGUUGUCCUCUGAGAUUUCUGCAGUGGACAGAAGUCUUUUUCAAGAGCACCUGUCCAUAUUUACACAACUCAGCAUUCAGUCUGCAGAGUAUAAUAGAGCAGAUGAAGCUACAGGCAGAAACAUUAACCAGAAUACGCAGACUCUCAUCAGUCCUUCAAAUGACACAGCUUCGGGAAAAGAGAAGAAUUUACCUAAAUGGAGUGAGAAGAUGUCACAAAGCAUCACAUCAGGGGCUUCAUGGCUCAGUCGCGGCCUUUUGCAGGGAGGUGAUGCCACAGGUAAAGCCAUCCAAAGCGGAGCAGUCAAACUACGCAACCACAUGACACCAAAGGAAACACCAGCUGAGGUCAGCCCCAGAGUCAUCACAGGCCUGCAUGUAGCCCAGCAGGCUACAGGGGGAGCUGUCAAAGUCAGUCAUUUUCUGGUUAAUGGUCUGUCAACUGUGGUUGGACUCGUUGCUAAGGAAAUAACACCACAUGCCAAGAAGCAUGGCAGCAAAUUGGUCCCAGCUUCCUUAAAAAGUAAUAAUGAUGCCUGCACCAAAUUGAAUGGAGUCAAAGUGGUGGCUACUAGUAGUUUAAAAGGUCUUUCAACUGUAUGGACAGGUAUGGAGACAGCAGCUAAGACAGUUGGCAAAAGUGCAAGCUCUGAGACGGUGCUAACUGUCAAGCACAAAUUUAGGGGGUAAGAAUGCAUCCUAGAUUCCCCUACCAACAAUUAACAGGUGGCUGGAAAUAAAAAAAAAAACGAAUGAUUCAUGACUAACACUGCUUUUAACUGCCUUAUUGCCUGAUAUAUUUUGCCAUUUAAGUAUUAUUCAACAGGUAACUGAUUUUUUUUUGUUAGGAGCCUCUGCUGUAUAUCAAAGUACAAUAAACAAAAUGAAUACAGCAAUCUGGUUGGUUCUAUUUAUGAUAUUAGUACUGACUUGCAUUCUUCAGACAUCACAUAGCAUUUUCUUUGUAAUUACUUAAGUAAAAUUUCAACACCAGUAUAACUUAACUCACAAUAAAUGCACCUGUUUUUGCUGUCCAUGCAUCCUUGUCAUUUUAGUGUGUCCACUUGAAGGAUACCUUAGCUGUGUUAAAAUACAGUUUAUGGCAAACUUCUGCUACAAAGUUGGAGGCACACAAUUAAACAGGAUGUCUGUAUUCAACAGAAUUACAAGUUUUAACACCUGUUAAGACCUGUAAGAGGUCUUAACACCUCAGUCUUCUAGCCAAUUCCACUGUAGAUAAGUGAGGUCCACUUUGCAAAGGUUGCAGUGAAAGAAUCCUGACCUAAAGUAUUUUUGUUCUUUCUAAGGAAACAGACGAGCUACACAAAUCACUUACAUUUUAUUCGUGAAGCUAAAGUUUUAUCCACAUGGCCUAAAUGCAACGCAUUUCCAAAUAACAAGGGAAAGUUUACAAAAGUGUUACAAAUAGAGACACAGAGAAUAAGAUCCACUGACUUUGACUAAUAUACGUCAAAAGUGUAGACGUUCUGACCUGGUCUUGGUUUUG